CGAUGCUUUGUGCCUGUACAGAUGGAACGUCAAAAGGAGCCUCCCACGCCACCGCCACCACCACCUAGGCCAGCAGCUACAACAGAACGGAGUGUCCCAGCAUUUCAGCGCACUGUAGAGGUGGACAACCGUCUGCCAGCUGGACGUGAAGUAUUGCGUGACCCACGAGAAGUUUUGCGAGACCCCAGAGAGCCCCGGGAAACUAGGGAUCCUCGAGAGCCUAAGGACCCUCGCGAGGCUCGGGCCACUCUUUCAGCGCCCCCAGCACGCUCUGAUAGGAGUCUGAUGGCUGAAAGACAGACAAUCAACAGGCGGCCUGCUGUGCCAAUACGUGAGUGGGACCGGGACAAACUGCGUCAGGAGACACCACCUCCACCACCUGCUGAGCGGGCACCAGCCCCAUCUCGAAAUAGGGCCAGUUCUCCGCCAGACAAGCGAGAACGGCGAGACAAGAAAGUGGCAAAGCGCAAAUCGGAAGAGGACACACCUGCCAAAUUGCUGGAUGAUUUGUUCCGUAAAACAAAGGCGAGCCCUUGCAUCUACUGGCUGCCUCUUACUGAGGAACAGAUAGCACGAAAAGAAGAAGAGCGGAAGCAGCGGCGACAGGAGCGGGAGCGCCGACGGCAGCAGCAGCAACUACAAGAAGAGGAAGAGCGUCGUAAACGAGCCCUUGCUCGUGACAUGGCUGCAAAGACAAAGCAGGAGUCUAAGCGCAGUGGCAGCCAUAGCCCUGUGCGGCGGCGUUAAAAAAUCCUAUGCUGCCAGUGGGCUUCAGCAGCCAAUAGCUAGACAGGCGCCACCGGUUGCUCUGGGAGCCCCAUGCGGGAGACAGGCAGGAUCGACUUGCCUGCCCUCAGGAUCGACUUGCCUGCCCUAUCAGCCCGGCACCAGCACGGGCAAGGUAGUAGAGCUUUCUUGCGGCCCCCAAUAUUUCCCAAGCCCUUUUUCCCUAUUCCUUUUAGUAGUUCUGUCCCUCUGGUCGUAAAUAGUAGGCAUUUUCUUUGCUGUGAUUUCUGUAAUGGUGGUUGUUUUAAUUGUUUGUUUGUUUUUUCUUCUACCCUACUUAGUGUUUAUUUUAUUGCUGUUUUACCGCACGUUUGGGAGGUGACAAAUGUGGGCUCCUGAUGCGUUGUGGCUAGUUUAGUGUGCCUUGCUAGCCAAGAAGAAGGUAAGUAUGGCCCGCACCAGGAAGCUUGUAAACCAGAGGGACUAACUUCUUUGCUCCCCUUACCCCUUUCCACACCUUCCUACACCUUGAGUUUUGAGCUGCUCCGGGGAUUCAAACGUUAGAACCAAACAGCAGCAGCAGCAGCAGCUAGGCCAAGUGGGGCACACAUCACAACAUGGCAGUGUCUUCUUGCAGAUAAAUGGGGAGAGGGCCCUUGGUCGGACUGCUUGCGUGCGGGACCCUAGUUAGCUGCCGGCAAAACUUCCCAAGGGUCGAUGGGCCCAGGCAGGAACACGUCGCAGCAUGCACCACAAUGCCUCAAAUUGUCUCCUGAAAAAACAAACAAAAAAAUCCAGCCUCCUCUUUCAUCGUCAUCACCAUUUUGGAACGGAUCUCAGUUGCUGUUGUUGGAGGGUGCUACUUCUGAAAAACUUUGUGUGCUUCAAACCAAGACUGAAUCCAAGACUGGCAGCUGGUGCAACACUGAUGCCUGUGCUGAUAGACUGUGGUGUUGGACUGCAUCAGCUUCACUUGCACACCUUUGGCACAUGAGACUCCGUUGCAUAAGCAUUGUUAAUUUCCAUCUGUCUCUCUCAGUUUCUUUCUGCCAUUUGUCAGCUUGCAAGAAAUGUGGCUAUGUACUCGUAUCUGCAUUCAUUUCCUAGAGCGACUUCAUGGAUGCACUGCAAAAAUGAGUCUAUGAAACUGUAAAGUCCAAGUUCCCAUCGACUGUUUUGUGCUCAUUCAUAGUGAAGUGUAAGGCCAAUAAAAGUUUAAAGCUUCA